GGGACAUAUUUGUACUAUUUUGAUUACUGUUUUUCUCAAAAAUAAACUUGUGCACUGUUUUUAUCUUCUGUAAAGUUUUUGUUUGUGAAGACUUUUUUUAGCCCAAAUGUUGUGUUGGAGUCUGGGCCUGCAGGUCUGCUGCAUGUAACAAAACACGACGAGCACAACAUCCCUAGUUUUAAAAUAGCCCAGAUUUCGCGUUUCGUCACAGUCUCUAUAUUUGUAGACUGGGUGCAUUUUAAAGACGGAGAUCUGCUCCGCUGAAUCUGGAUGGCUGUACAGCCUCGGCUCCUGGGCGCGGGAAUAUCAUCACAUUAGUCCAUCAGUUAAGGAGCGGAUCGCCCAUAAAAAUGUAGCUUGAGAGCUGCUGGUCUCCAAAAGGCCCUCAGUGCAGAGCUGGACGCUGGAAUGCUCCCUCGGUGUCGUCGCCGCUACGUGAGAUGAGUUGGUCUGUCGGUGGCACAUACUGCGUCCACUGGAGCCAAAGCGACAGUCGCACGAGCGCGAGGAGCACAGGGAGGGCUGUAAGGAGGGCAGCGAGGACGACAGUGAGGAGGGCACUGGGGCUUCUGCUUGAGGAGCAUAAAGUCAAGUCAAGGCUUAUAUCUCCCCUCCAGCCCUUCAGCACAGAGCACACAUCGCGCCAUGGCUGCGUCCCCGAGCGCUCCGGCCGCGUACGAGCCGGAGCCGAGCUACGCAGACCUGCAGGAGCUGCUUGACCAGAGGGUGGACGCGCUCCGAGCGGGUUUUAACGGCGAGGCGAACCACGUGGCGAUUGUGAAGCAGACGACGAAGUGGCUCGCGGGCGGACGCGCGGGGGAGGGGGCGCUCGCCACUGCUGCUAAAGAACCGCCGGUGGACGCGAGCUGCGCGCAGUUCCCCGCCAAGGAGCGCCAGGAGAGCGCGCGCGUUAACGGGGACGUGCACGGCACAGAAAAGAAAAAGGUGGAGAAGGAGGAGGAAGAGGAGGAAGAGGAGGACGAAGAAGGGAAUGACCACGACGACUACUACUACGGAGACGAGCAUCUGAGCCUCAAGAGCAACGAGUCGUCCGAGCACGAGCUGCGCGUGCUGAUCGCCACGGUGACCGACGACGAAUCGCACUACAUCACGACGCACGAGAUCCAACUAUCCGAGCUCGACCACGACGCGGACUGUGACUUGAGCGCGUGCGCGAGCUGGGACGGCGAGGACGAGCACCAGGUGUACACGUUCGUUGACUACGCGUCUUUCGAGCGCGAGGCGACGAUAGUCGAGGAGGAAGAGGAGGAAAAAAACAACAACAAGAAAAAGAAAAAGAGCAGCGACGUGGCUGAGAGCGCGCAGCCCGACAUCAAGGAGAGCGGAAGCGCGCCCCCCGGGCGCAUUCACCUGGCCAUCAGAGCAACCGCCAGAGCUGUGAACGGGCUCGGAGGAGAGAACGCCCGAAAGGAGGAGAAAGCGCGUGAGGGAGCUGCGUGCCUUAUCGCCCUGCCCGGCAGGUUGCACAUUGGUGGCGGCCGCCGUUUGAAGGGGAGAGACGCGCACGAGCACUCAAGCGGCGCGUCCAGCGCGGUCAGUGAGUUGGACGACGCCGACAAGGAGGUGCGUAACCUGACGUCGCGCGCCUUCCGCAGCCUUGCCUACCCCUACCCGUACCCGUAUGCUUUCAGUUUCAGCACGUCCAGUGAGUCGUCCGCGUCGGAGCGUGGCAAGGGCGGCGUGGGUUGCUGGUCCGCGCUCGUGGACCUUAAGUACAACAAGAAGGCACCGCACGCAGGAGGAGACACAGCUCCGCAGGCGCGCGCGCAGCAGCCACUCGGCGCGAGAGAGAGCGAGCAGCGAGCCGCAACAGCAGCGCUCUGGGCGCGCAGUGGCGUGAGGGCGCCGCCCGUGGAAGUUUUCGCGCUAAACGGGAGUCUCCUGAGCGCCGGCGGAGCUGCGUCCGCGCGGGGUGGUGGUGAAACACUGGAGCUGGUGCUGAGGCGCGAGAGGCGCGCGAGACCCGCGCCUGACGGCAUGGAGGAGCCUCACCGGCGCGCGGCGCUCGCCUCGAGCCUGCUGAAGAGCGUGCUCUCCAAAAAGGUGCAGUUCGAGAGGGAGCGUAAGAUGGAGAGGGGCGAAAUUGGGGAGCCGGAGAAAGUACAAAGACUGAGGAUGGCGAAGGAGAGAGAGAAACAGAAAGAGAAAGAGAGGGAGAAAAAGAAGGAGAAAGAGAGGGAGAAGGAUAUAGAAGCGCGCGGGCUGAGCGACUCGGACAUCAGCCUCGUUUGCCUGGAAGAGUUAGCGGACGUGGUGGACGGCAGCGGCGGUUCGUCGCGCGACUCUCCACGCGAGGCUAAAAAAGGAGCGCGCGGGGGCGCGCUGCCGAGGAGCCAAAAUAGCGCGUUCAGGUCGUGGAGGGACGGCGAGCUUGGGUUUCACGAAGAGCGCGAGGGCGCGCGGCACACGGAGAGCGACGGGAGUGAAAGCGGUAAGGCCACCAAAAUGUCGCGACUAUUCGUGCCGAGCAUACAGCUCGCGGGUGCAGAGAGGGGUAGUGGAAGCGCGAGCGCAAGCACGAGCUCGGCGGGAGGUGCGGGGGGACCGCGCGCCUUCACGGUCAAGCCUCCCGAGAUUAAAAUAAAUCUGCGCAGCUCGAGGGGUGACAAGAGCGAGGCGCCACUAACCGUGGCGAGCGCGCUCGCGGCCGCGCUCAGGAGCGAGCCGUCCGAGCGCGUUCCCCAUUUCACAGUGAGGGACGUGAGGGACAAUAGCAAAGGCAAGUUUCAUACGCCCAUUCACCAGGUGCGGGACGUGCGCAAACUCGUAAAGAGCUCAUACCACUUUGUGUCUCUAGAAGGGAACGAGGGUAAGGGCGGAUCAGGGAAUGGGGAGUUUAAAAGCUUCAAGCAGGGCACGUGGGCGAAGGGUAGCUCAGCUUCAGCCUCAACCUCAGCCUCACUUACACCAAUAGUCAUAAAAUGUCAGUCAGUAAACACUAACAGCAGCUCGAAUUCGAAGCAAAGUGAAAGUCUUGCUGAGCCCUCUAAAUGCAGAUCUGCUGAGGAUGCACCAGAUGACCCGGAGUCUGAUGGGCCGUCUCCUCCUGCGCUGAUGGACAGCAGCAUCAAAACUCAAGGAAUCACUCAUGUCCAUAAACCUGCUGCCCGAGUGACUCCAGCCAGUGUCAAUCAAGAAGGUUUAACUGGAGUGAAAAUUGAGACACUGACAGCUGCAAAAAAGCAGGAGCAUAGUGACCUGGGCGAGAAAGUGUCUGACUCCAAAAUGGCAGCUCUGGAGAAGCUCCAGGCGGCUGUGAAGACCAUGGAGCAGCUGUAUGUGUUUGACCGAAAUGAAUGGAAGAGAAAAAGAGAGCCACAUCCAGUCACAGACAGCCAUGUGCUCUCACUCAUCAGCGAGGAGCAGGGAAAUGCUGAGGUAGAGCAGGGCAAGGGAGGCACUUUAUCUGCUGAAAGACACUUGGCCCAAGCAGAUAUGUCUCUAAAAAAAGAAGAAAAGGGAACCUUCAAUGUAUCACAUGCUCUCCUAAACCAGAAUGGCCCCAAAACUGUAUUACACCUUGGAGGAGGUCCUGGUAAGAGCAUAUCCAGCAUGAGUAUGGGUCAGAAAAUAUCAGCUCCAAUCACAGCAAGCUCCGUGAAGGCCUCACAGGUGCGUGCCUCAUCCUCAUCAUCUUUUAGUCCUAAAGACGUGAACCCUAACUCUCUAAAGCUACCAGUAUCCUUUAAGAUCGGUCAGACUAAACCCAUGACAGAGGAGAGGGAGCGACCGAAUGGCAACGAGGCUGGAUUCACCCCAAUUCACUUUGCUUCUACAGCAGAUGCAGAGAAUUACCUGACCAUACCUGUGAAACCAAGCGUGAAGCAAGCGGGCACAUCUGUUGGCAAUAAAGCAGUUGUGUACACUUUCCCAGCUUCAGCUGGCAAGACUCAUACGGUCAGUCCACCCUCAUCCCUGGGACACAGUUUCGAUUCUAGGCAGAAUGAGAUGCAUCAGUCUCCCAAGCGCUCCAGCAUUGUCAUGGAGACACGGUCCUCAGAUACUCCUACUGCCACCAUCUACCAUCACCCCCUGCCUAUUAGCAUGCCAGCUGCAACACCUCAGAUGAUCUGCUUUUCUCCCACAGUGCAGCCUUCUCCGGUCCCCACUGAACACUUCCAGGCCACACAGCGAAAGAUGCUCCUGGACCCCACCACUGGAAACUACUACCUGGUGGACACCCCAGUGCAGCCAGCAACAAGGCGCUUAUUUGACCCAGAGACAGGACAGUAUGUCGACCUUCCCAUGCCACCACAGCCCCCAAUGACUCCUGUGCACAUGCCCAUCUCCCCACUGGCCCUCAGCCCUGGGACUUACGGUCAUACCUACAUGUUUUACCCAGGAUACAUGCCCACCGCAGUGAUUCCUGCCAGGAUUCAGUCUCAGCUCUCUGUGCAGUCAGAGGUGGAGGAGGGAGACAAAAGCCAUGGGGGACAGCAAGGAGAUGGUGCUUACAUGGAAGCACCUUACUACAUGCCCUCAGGAAAGUCUGUGCAGAUGACUUCAGGAGGUCAACAUGUCAGUGCUGGCAGGGCAGCCAGCAACAAGCAGCCUGUCAUCAGCAUCACCUCUCAGCAAGGGCCAAGGAUCAUCGCACCUCCCUCGUUUGACGGCACUACCAUGAGCUUUGUGGUGGAGCACAGAUAAGGCCACGUGCAAUGUAAGCUAGCUGGGCUGCCUGCAGUUUGUCCCACCAUCGUUUCCUGGAUUUGUUGUGUUUAUUUUGUUAAUUUACUGACUUAUUGCCUGUUGCACUUUUGGACUUAUUCAACAAGACAGCCAAGAUCUUAUAACCCAUCUUUUGCUUCCUCAUAUACUUUGGUUCUUUAUUAACAGAGGUGUUGAAUUCAAGUCCAGAAAGUAAAAAUCCUGUCCUAGUCAUUACUAGUUAGCUUAGAUUAGCAACAGAGCUGCCCAGUUAGCUGGUAUAAAAUGCAUGAAAAGAUUUCUACUUUCUGGACCUGAAUUUCCCCCUUUCUUAAUAGUUUUUAUUUCUAUUUUUGUUUUUUAUGUGACUAUGCCAUGUCUGUUUCUUGAUAAAGGUUUAGAUAUUUUGCAGCUUUGUAAAGAAAAUAGAUAUUACUAUUUUGGGAUUUAGACACAGCUUUUUGCAGCUUUUUAGGUUAAAGCAAAAAUCCCCUUCACCUAAAUUACAUCAUUGUCAGAGUAGUUGAAAAACAGACUGAAGCCACUGAUUGCACCUUAUUGUGAAUAUAAAAUGAUCUAAAAUUUAAUCUGUUUUAAAAAUAUAUGCCAAAAAUAAGCAAAUGGCAUGAAAUCAUCUGUCAUAAAAAUUAAUAAUAUUUUCACAAAGGACAAAGAUACAAUAUGUAACCUUGUAUGGGUUAAACAGAAAGCACUUUUGUUUUGAACAUAAUUUCUCCUUGUAUCCCAAAUUCUUCUUCUGAAACUACACCCAUUAUCUAGACCUUCAUCUCCUUUUAUCAAGAGCUGAUUUUAGAUUUAUUAGUUGUUAGAUUACAGUACACAUUGGUACUGUAUAUUUAUUAUGUGUUUUGAACUUCUGGUACUGAGAGAACCACUGUAGAAACACAUUGAUUUGUGUUGAUUAAUAUGGUGGAAAAUAGAUGAUUUAGGGGAUUACCUUCCUCUAUUUAUCUUGAUAAAGUACUAAAAGUGUUUAUAUGUGUUGGUGUUAGUUAUUUAGGCUAGUUAUUUAUGCCUCUUCUCGAAGGGUAGAUGAAAGUGAAAGUUACGUGGGAAUCAGUUUUGAUUAAGAAAUGGGAUACAAGGCAAAUUAUGUUCAUUAGUAGGUGUAAACCUGUUGAAUCCCACAGCAAAAUAAAUCUGGUUCAAGUGGUUCUUUGGAUGAUUCUAUAUAAGAAAAAUCAAUGGUUCCAUAAAGAGGAAGAAAGGAGGAUAUUUAUAACUGUUUUAUAGGUGGUUUUGAAACUAUAAUGACUUUAAUUAUGGUGUCAACAACAAUGGUUAGCCUAAACUAGCUUUUAUUAAUCAAGGUAUCUCCCAAAUUAUGUACCAGCUUGCAUAAAUAAUGAAUUAGAAUGAUAAGGGCUGGUUUCUCAGACAGGUAUUAAGCUAAUCUUAGACUUUUUAUCAGUAAGAAAUCUCUAUUCAGAAUGUUUUGUUCAAAAUAAGGCAUUAUUACUUUUAGAAAACCAAUCCCAAUUACUAAAAUCUUGUGGUUUUGUCAAAAUGAAAUGUCAAAAAUGUCAAAGAGAAAAGAAUGAGGAAUGAAUGUGGAAUGAUUUCAUUCAAAUGGCAAUUAACAUGUCCUUUAAAUUGGAGUUUGUUUUUUGGCCAUUGCAUUUUUAUUUUUUCAUUUUCAUGGAUGAACUUUAUCUCUGUCAGUUCCUCACUUUAAUAAUUAUUGUACGGCUUUAUUUGACUGCAUACAAUGUUUAUCUGUUUAUCACCACCUUCCACCCAACCUCGGCAUGAAUUAAUGCGAUUCAACUGUUAUUACUGUAUAUCUAUCUAUUUACUCAUACAUUACUACUGAUACUUAAGGCACAGUUUCCGUAAUGACCACUGGAUAUUCAUAUGUUUAUUGCCUUAAUCAAAAUGAAGCUGACCUCAAGUGUAUAAGAAGUCUAUCUGUGAAACUGCAGUCACUGGGGUUAAAGUAUUUAUUUGUACAGUGCUUUAAAUCAGAUUUACAUCGUGGGGUUUACAGUUGACAAACUUACUUUCUUUUUUUACACUUGGGGUUCCCAUUUUCAGGCCUUUCCAUUUCUUUUUGAUGCAUUGGUAGUUGUGCAAUAAUUAGUCACAUUAUGUUACAAUUGAAAAGCUCUCAGAGCUGCUGGCCAGUCUGUUGAGCUGUGAUAGCUUUUGUUUGAAUUCUUUUUGGACGUUUUGGGAUGUGUAUAUUUUUAGUCUGGUUCAGAGAUUAGUAUUUUCACAGUUACCCUAAACAUUGGACAGUGUCUCUUAAUAUGAGAGGUAUUUUUACAAACAGUGAUAAAACGUCAGCCUGGUUGAAUGCUAUUCUGAUACACUCUGUAAAAUAAUUAAAAUAAUAUUUUCUAUUCAGAAAGGUUGAUAUGUAUUUGUCCUCUCUCUUAAAUGUUCAGGGUACAACUGUGUUGCAUAUUAAUGUGGCACUACAUGACAAAAAACUCAAUACUAAAAUGAUAACCACUUGACUUAAAGCACAGUUAUGCUGUCAUUAGUUGCCACUACUUAUUAAUUAUUAUUUCACCAAUUAGCACAAGAAGCAUUACUGUCAGAGCAAUCCUCUGGAGAAGCUGUUUGAGUCAGACUGAAAUGACAUGUUGCGAGGGUAAGCGGAAUGUGUGAAAGUGCGUGGGCGAAUACCAGGGUAACUUUAGAUGCACUGGAGUGUCUUAGGAGGGCAAUAAUGAAUGGGUAACAAGCCAAAUAAAUGUAAAAGGGAAAUGGAGAGCUACUCAGUUACAGAUUUUACACAUGGUUUUAUAUUGUAAAGAUCUUCACUGGUUCUUGGAGAGAUUGUUUCUAUUUUGAAGUAAUGUGAUUUAUUGCUCAAUAAAGUAAUAUACUUUUCCAACUUUC